AUGAACACGCCUAGAGUGGUCAAGACUUUCAUUUGGAAAGCUCUAAAUGAUAGCUUGCCUACAAGAGUGAACCUAAUGAAGAGGAAAAUUAUAGAAGAUGCUAGAUGUCCGAUAUGUGAAGGAGAGGAGGAAUCAAUAUGCCAUAUCCUGUGGAGCUGUGCAGCUGCAUCUGAUGUAUGGGCAGGGUUGUUGAGUCCUAUCCAAAAAUGGUCUUGCAAUGAAGACGAUAUACUCAAGAUGUGGGUAAAGCUUACUCAGAACUUGCAGCAGGAGGAUUUGGAGGUUGUGGCAACCAUAAUGAGAAGGGUGGUGGUGAAACAAGCUAGAGAUAGCCUUGAAGAAUUCCGGGGGAUACAAAGUAAUUCUGAGGGACCCGAGAUUAUGGUGCGAAGAGACAGAAGCAUGGUAAGAUGGAAACCUCCAAUCGGUAGUAGCAUUAAAGUGAAUUGGGAUGCGGCAUUUGAGUCAAAAAACCAGAAGAUGGGUGGAGGAGUGAUGAUCAGAGAUUCAAAGGGGGAGAUCUUAGCUUCUUUGUGCAUGAAUAAGCACUAUGUAUCACACCCUUUAAUUGCAGAAACCUUGGCGCUAUGGAGGGCAAUGUCACUUUGUGCUGAACUUAAUAUCUCAUCUGUUCUUUUGUUCUUUUUGAAGGGGAUGCUUUAG